AUGACCUUGGCAAAAGCGGACUUUGAGUGCCCAAUCCCAAGGAAGGGAAGGAGAGCGCCCCCGUGUGGAGAGCGCUGGCAUCAGCGUGCAGAGCCUUGGGGGAAGACGCAGGGAGAAAAACGCCCAAGUGAGAUUGCUCCUGGGUUUGGGAGGGCACAGCAAAGAGUGGGACAUUCUCAUCAUGUAGCUGUCCCAGGCGCGGCUCUGGCGGGACAAGCAUCCCAUCCCGGACACAAGACCGCGGACCUUAGCGCGCUCCUCAGCGCGCACCUCCCACCUCCUCACCCCCACCCAUCCGCGUGCCCUGCAUCCGCCGGUGGCGUCCCAGCCACCCCGUUACCAGGGGGACCCGUGGGCAGUGGACGAGUAGUGGAGGUAGCCGCCUCCUCUGGUCCCGGCCCUUUCACCCCAAGAUGGGUCCGUUCUGGAUUGCGAUCUUCUGGACUAGCCACACACCGUGCUUAUACCGAGAAGAAAAGCGCUUCCUUCUUCCCUGUGCCCUGCCUCCAGCCUCCUAGCCACCCUGUCCCGCCGCUGAUAUGUGGCUCUAGCACGCCCUCCAGUGGCCUCUUAGGGCGUCGGCAUCCCGACUCCCCACGCCUCGCCCCCCUUCUUCCAACAAAACCAAAACCCAUGUAUGGUUCUGUUACAGAAAAGCAUCUUGAGGAAGGAGAUGAAGUUGACUGCGUUCUCCUUUCAGCGUCCAAGAUCCUAAAUUCCUCUGAAGGGAUAAAGGAAAGUGGUGGCAGUGAAACAGAAUAUGGCUGCAUAUCAGAAUCAGAAAAUCAAAUUCAACCACAAUCGGCAUUAAAAGCCCUUCAGCAUCAACUGGAAUCAUUUCAGGCUCUCCGAAUACAGACUUUGCAGAAUGUCAGCAUGGUACAGUCUGAAAUCAGUGAAAUAUUGAACAAAAGUAUUAUUGAAAUAGAAAACCCACAGUUUAGCUCAGGAAAAAACCUAGUAUUCAAUGCACACAUUGAAAAGCCUAUAGAGAAUCAAGAAGAAAUCCUUUCUAUGGAGAAACUUCAUCAUUUUAAGGAUUCCAAGACUCUUCAUUCAAUAGAAGAAAAACUCAGUAGCGAUAAUGUGAACAGUCUCUCUCAAGGUAUAAAUAUUCCAUCCCAGAUACAGUUCAAGGAUAUUUUAACUUUAAGAACUUCAACAGAUAAUUCAGCUUCAAGCAUAAUUAUGAACCCUUCAGAAAAUUCUGACUUGUUGAAGAAUUAUAAUAACCUUUAUAGUUUUGUACCUAAUGCACCUCAAAAUGUGAUGUCUCAAGCUGAUACAGUAAUUCUGGAUAAAUCCAAAAUUACUGUGCCUUUUCUCAAGAAUGGAUUUUGUGAAAAUUUAGAUAAUAUUUGCCACUCUAUCAAACAGAUGAAGGAAGAGCUUCAAAAGUCACAUGACAGGGAACUGGCACUUACAAAUGAACUUCAUACUUUAAAACUUGAUACAAAUAUUCAGAGUAAUAGCAAAUAUGACCUGUCCCCCAUUCACAAGGAAAAAAUUAAUUUUAUCAAGGAAGAAAAUAUAGAAAAUAACUUAAAUGAAGAUAUAAAAUCAAAGAGAAUUUCAGAAUUAGAAGCAUUAGUAAACAAAUUACUUCCACUCAGGGAAACAGUGUCAAAAUUCCAUGUGAAUUUUUGUAGGAAAUGUAAGAAAUUAUCUAAGAGUGAAACACACAGGAGAAAGAAGAAUGAGAAAAACAAUAAAGAAAUUCCUAUCACCAGUAAGAAUAUUACAGAUUUAAAAUUCCAUUCCAGAGUUCCAAGACAUACACAGUCAUGCUUUGACCCAACAAAAUAUGAAAUGAAAGACAAAGAAAGGCAAUCAUUUGUAGUAAAACAAGGAUCAAUAAAAUUUGAAAAUGAGAAAACAUCCAAAGUCAAUUCUGUUACUGAGCAGUGUGUUGCAAAAAUUCAGUACUUACAGAAUUACCUAAAAGAAUCUAUGCAGAUACAGAAAAAAGUAACAGAACUGGAGAAUGAAAAUCUAGCACUUAAGACCAGAAUAAAACCUCUUGUCUUUACCACACAAUCUCUGAUACAAAAAAUUGAAAUAUAUGAAAAGCAACUUAAGAAUUUGGUUGAAGAAAAGAAUACUCUUCACUCCAAAUUAAUUAAAACAGAAGAAGAUGGCAAAGAAUGUCUUAAAGAAUUGAAAAAAAUAAUUGGUAAAUACAAUGUUCUCCAAGGACAAAAUAAAACUCUAGAGGAAAAAAAUAGUCAACUUUCUUUGGAGAAGCAACAAAUGAUAGAAACAUUCGAUCAACUAAAAGAUAAGGAACACAAAACUCAAAAUGAUAUGACCAUUGUCAAUAAUGAAAAUAAUCAAAUGAGUAUAGAAAUGGAAUCAAUGAAAACAAAUCUUCUAUUAAUACAGGAUGAAAAGGAAAUGUUAGAGAGAGAAACACACCAGCUUCUAAAGGAAAAAAGUUCACUUGAAAAUGAACUAAAAGAAAACAAGCUAGAGAUAAUGCAGCUAAAAGAGAAAGAAAGAUUGGCAAAAAUUGAACAAGAGGCAUUUCUUCAAAUAAUAGAAACAGUUAAAAAUGAAAAAAUUAAUCUUGAAACAACAUUACAAGAAUCUACAGCUGCUAGACAAAUGAUGGAAAGAGAAAUUGAGAAUAUUCAAACAUACCAAUCCACUGCAGAAGAGAAUUUUUUGAAGGAAAUAAAAAAUGCAAAAUCAGAAGCAGGUAUUUAUAAGAAUAGUUUAUCUGAAAUGGGCAAUGAAUGUGAAAUGUUAUCAAAAAUGGUAAUGGAAAUUAAAGCAGAUAAUCAGAUUCUAAAAGAAGAACUAAAAAAGCAUAGUCAAGAAAAUAUAAAAUUUGAAAACAGCAUCAGCAGACUUGCAGAAGACAAAAUACUUUUAGAAAAUUAUGUAAGAAGUAUAGAGAAUGAAAGGGAUACCUUGGAGUUUGAGAUGCGGAAUCUUCAAAGGGAAUAUUUAAAUCUAAGUGAAAAAAUCUGUGGUCAACAUAGUGACCUAUCAAAACCUGGUUACAUUUCAAGAAGAGAGAAAUUCCAUUUUGACAACUAUGAUACUUAUGAAGACACCUCUAAUCCCAGGAGUAGGCCUUUAGCUCCUGAUUUGAAAGGUAUGUAUAUUGUGGUGGAUAGUAGAGACGUAUUUAAGAUUCCUGUAGCCCAGGGGUGUCCAAACUUUUUUCAACGGUUUUCACCAAGGGCCAUAUGCGGUAAAAUACACAAACAGCCGGGCCACUCACUCGAGGUGAAGUACGUAUUGCCUCAC